CUAAGGUAGACAGUGCAAUACGAUCACUUAUAUUAAUAUGAUAUUGGGAAGAGGUGGUCACAUUUUUUCUCGGUGAAAUGGAUUUUAAUUGUGGAUUAUUAAUUAUUUGACUUUUGAAACUAAUUAUUAACGUUAUGAUUUAAUGUUUAAUGUGAUGUUCUGAAAGUGAUUUGAUUUGAGAAUUUUUCUUCUAUACUGGAUAUAUAAUUUGGGUUAAAUACCUGGAUAAAAUAAACAUUACAAUAUAAACAAAUCAAAAUAUUUGAAGUGACGGUGUGGAAAAAAUUGAAUUUAAAGUUAUAUAAUGUAACAAUAUGAAGGACAGGUGCAGAUCUCAUAGUCCAAAUCAACAUCUUCAACAAGGAGAAUCUGUCAACAUGCAGACAAUACUUGCUAAGGCUGUCUAUGACAACAAAGCAGAAACCCCAGAUGAACUUGCCUUUAGACGAGGGGAUGUUUUGUCUGUUAUUGAACAGGACACAGGUGGUCUGGAGGGCUGGUGGCUGUGCUCCUACAGGGGAAAGCAAGGAAUUGCUCCAGGUAACAGGCUGCAACUCCUGACUGGGAUGCAGGAUUCAGACUACCAGUCUCCCAUGACACAGAAACAGCUAAAUAGAAGAAGCUGGGACGUUACACCAAACAAGGUUGGAACACCAACGAAGACAGAAAACCAACAAUUUAUCUUUGAAACUCCUGAAAUGCCAACACAGGAUUAUGAUGUACCUCCAACACGUCCUCAACCAAUAGAAGGUCAGGAGAAUUAUGAUACCCCACCAAAACUCAACAGCCAAAGUAGUUUUGAACAAUUGGAUUACGACACUCCCCCACAACAGAAAAAUUUCCAACACAAUCAAGAAAACAAUCAAAUGACACCACAGAAUUUAUUUCCAACAGAAUUCUAUGAUGUUCCAACAUCACUAUCCAAUCGUUCCAGCAUUAUGUCAAACUUAUCCCACCUUUCUCAUUUAUCCAAUGAAUCAUUUUCAUCCAGUAGUGCUUCAAACAAAAGUAGUGGUAGAUGUCAAGGAUCCAAUCAGGAAAGCAUGACUGAUUCGGCUCGCUCAAGCAUGGAUAUUUCACCACAUGACUUUUAUGAUGUACCUCCAUCAAGACUGCAAGCUUUGCCUUUCAAUCAUCAUAAACAACCAUCAGCUGAUUCAGGAUUGGACAUGUAUGAUUCUCCACAAAAACAGAAAUCUGUUACAGAUUCCAUGGAGGAUUAUGAUGUACCAAAAGCAGAUUAUGACAUCCCUAAAUCUCACAGUGAUUCUUUUCUCAGUCCUGGAAAGCACACUGAAAAUGCUUAUGACAUUGCUGAUCAAUCCUCAGUCAUUGAACAUGAUAUAGAUGAUAUAUAUGAUGUACCGAAAAGUAAUACACUUGUGCGUAAAAAUGAAAAGAACUUUCUUUCUGAUGAGCUUGAUGGUAAAUCUAGGAGAAGAGAAAAAUCUGGGGACAGAACUCUUACUAGGGGAGAGAGAUGUGGUGGUGUGUAUGACAUUCCGCCGCAAGUGACAAGGGAUUCCAUGUUUUCCUCGAAAUCGGAUUCAUCUGAAAGUACAGAUGAAGGAUACAGGUUGUCAAUUUGUAGUUUGGACUCCAGAAAUUCUGACAUUCCAAUUUAUGAUGAAUUGCCAUAUGAUCUUGAUGCAGCCAUGGAUUUGAUGGUUAAACUGCAACAAGAUGUGCAAAAGGCUACAACAAAAUUGUGUAGCUUUAUAAGUAGUAGUUGGCGAAGGAAAGAUGAAUUGGAACCAAAUUUGUACAAUAUUAAAUCAGCAUGUACUAAAGUGAAAGCAACUUUGGAAGAAUUUCUUGAAUUUGCCCAAGGUACAUUAGCAAACUCUGCUAAACUACCAGAAAAGAAACUCAUUAAUAAACUGACAAAACAAUUAUGUCCAUUGUUACAAAAUCUGGAACAAAUCAAGUCAUGUUUAAAAAAUCUUGAAUUGAUCAGUUGGCAGUUAUCUAGUCUGGUGUCAAAUGAUGCUUCAAUAGAUGAUGAUUUAGGCAAAAUUGCAUUAAUUUCAAAAGAUCUCACAAGUGAUGUUAAAAAGAUGGUGUCCCUCAUUCAUGGAAACUCUACAUUACUGUUCAAAAGAGCUCAGGACUCAAAUCAUAGUAUUUCAACACCACCAAAGCCACCAGUGGCUCAGAAACCAACUGUUUUGCCAAAACCAAGUAUUACUAAUGUUCAAGGCCGACCACUGCCUCUUCCACCAAGACCGCUGCCACCAACACCAACAGAUAAAAAAUCAAUGAGUUUUGAUUCAAAGACUGCUUCUGUUGAAUUUAAACGGGAUUCUGGAGAUUUAAGAAGGUUAUCUGAAGAGUUCAAACAAAUGUCUUUGGAUUCUUAUACAGCACAAGAUAAAGUAAAAGAUGAGAAUGAAAUUAUCGAAGAAUACGAUUACGUUCAUUUAGAUUCGCCUGAUGGUUCUGAUGUUUCUAAGACAAAAAUAGAUAAGUCAAAUUUGGAGCAGCAAAACCUUCAUCCUGAUUUGGAUGAUAAACCUGUGAAAGAAACGUCCCCAAUGAGAGAAUUAACGCCUCCUAAAAUUGGAAGUCGUUCAGUCUCACCGAUGCGAGAAGAUUCUCCAUCAAAACAAUUCAUGAAGAAAUCAAAUAGCAUGGAUGAUAUAUUAUCCAACAAAAGUAGUCCUGAACCAUUAUUUGUGAAAACACCAGUUGACAGAAAUUUCAAACUAACAUCGCCAACUUCCCUACCAUCGACAAUCAAACUAGAUCCAAAUGAUAAACAAGUUGUGUGUUAUUAUUCAAGUCAGUUAGAUACUCAUUCAACUUUACUGACGAAUGCUGUCGAUGCAUUCUUUUCUUGUAUUGAAUGUGGACAGGGACCAAAAGUAUUUAUAUCAAACAGUAAAUUUGUUGUUGUUUCAGCUCAUAAACUUGUAUAUAUUGGGGACACACUACAUAGAAAUCUGAUGAAUAUUGAAGUUAGAAAUAAGAUAAUGCAUUGUGCAAAUCAUUUAUGUGAUAUUCUCAAAUUGACAGUUUCUGCGACUAAAACUGCAGCAUUACAAUACCCUUCUAUUCCUGCAGUGCAGGAAAUGGUGGAUAAAGUUGUUGAUGUUUCACAUGCUGCAUAUGAACUGAAACUUGUGAUAGGACAGGCAUCUGCUUUAUAGUGCUCUAUAUAUAUCUUUAUACAAUGCUUAGGUAAAUGAUUUUGAAAUGUUAUAAGUUAUAACUACCAGUAUUCUCUUGAAUUAUAAGGUUGUUAUUAGAAAUAGGCAAUAAAAUCAUUAAUUUCAGCACUUAAAAUGGCUGAAAUGAAAAAUGAAAACAAAACUUAAUUUCUUAUGUAGAAAUUUAAAAAAGGGGACAUAUUUUACAAUAUUGUAGUAUUUCAUCAAUUUUUAAGACUUUAUGGCUACUGGCCUUCUCCAGUUGUGUCAUCAUAGUCAACAGCAUGGUAUACAAUCUAAAUGCAUUGUAAAAAGUGACUUGUCUACCAUGAAGGUUAGAAAGAUAACACAGAAAGAAGCCAGUGGCUUAAUUACUACAAUGGUUUAAUUUUAACAUGAAUUUGUGAAUUUAUAUAUAUUUUUCAUUUUGAAAUAAUGAGUUAUUUCCCUUUUGGACACUUUGGUUUUGUACUGUUUAUUAUGACACAGUCUGAUUAUAAUCAUCUGCCAAAUAUUUUAUAGAAAUACUGGUACUUACAAUACUUUUUUAUCAAAAAUUACAUUUUGGUUUUCGUGGUCAUUCAAAGUCCUUUAGAAGGAAACAAAAUAAUUUUGAUUUGAACUAAAGUUUUGUUAAUUUUCAGUAACAUAUCAGUUUAAAUUUGUAAUUCACUCUUCAAAGGUGCUCACAAACAAUGAUAACAUCAAGCAUUUUAUAUUAAUGCUCAUUAAAAUUACCUCUUGGAUUGGGUCAGUGGUUAGAGCAGUACAGUUAUUUUGUAAAAGGUAUGUUAUUCAGAAAUGAUCUCAUUUAUAUUAUAAUUUGUAAAUUUAAAAAUCAUACAGAUUGUAGUAAAUUGCAUCAGAAAGUGCUAUUUUAAUUGAUAUUUAUUUAUGACAAAUUUUUCAAAUGAAAUGAUUUAGGAUAGUACAUGUUUAAUCAACUACAAUGAUUAUAUAACUUGUAUGUAUUCACUUAGAUUAAACCGAAGUAAUUUUCUUCCUAGAAAACAUAAAUUAAGUCAACUUAUUUUUCAUUGUUGAUAUAUUGUUCCAACUGGGAAGAAAGUUAUUUUAAAAAUUUAUGUAAAAUAGGAAAAGGAAUUGUAAAAAUUCUAAUUUAUUUAUGAUUAUUGCUAUAUUAGUUCUAGCUGAUAAUUUUUGUUUCUUUAUAUCUUAGGCCAUUUCUUUAUCUAAGCAGCAGGUCUGCAAUGUGGUUUAAUGUGAAUAAACUUAUUAGUUUGAAAAAAAAAACAGCUUUCUUGUCAGAAAUGUUUACACCAGCAUUGCACAUUCGUCAUGCCCUUAUCCAUAUUCAUAUUGAAAUGGCCUUAGAAAGAAAAGAUUUUUGGUAUUGGCUUACUUAAUGUUGUGUUUAUACAAGAUCUGCUCAGAUGUAUCACUUAAAAGGUAUAUCCUAGAUUUAAAACAAAGAUCUACUAUGACAUUAUGAUUGCUUUAUGUUCAUAGUUUUUUUCCAAUUAAAGGGUUUUUUCCAAUUGUUCAUAAAACUUUUUAAUGAAAGUCAGUUCUAGUUUUGUUGAAAGUGUAAUCAUCGUUUAAUUCAAAUUGGAUUCACAAAAUUUUAAAGUUUCAAAUGUUCUCUAAUUAGAGCUAUUUCUGACAAAAUUUAUGCAUGAAACAUGUAAGGUUCUGUAUAAAACUUUCUAUUGAUGGUUUGGAAUUCUAUGUUGCUUUUAAAGCUUGAAGGAUGGUUUUGUAUCAGUUAUUAUCUUAAUAUAGUUAGAAAUCAAAGGAAGAACAGUAUCCUCUGUCUGCAGUUUAAUUUACAAUUAAUGAAUACUCUGGAGAUAAGUCAAUCAUGUUUUAUUGGUUAACUUCAACAUUAAGCAAAACUUUAUGCUUUUGAAACAUUUAUACAUUUUAUACAGUAAUACUAUGCAAGUAAAUUAACAAAAAAAUAGGCAUCCUCCAAAUUUGUGGUAGUUAGUCAAAGUUUUACCUCACUGCUUUUAAUUUUUUGGUCUUUCUAAAAUCUAUAACAAGAAACAAAUCUGCUUGUAAUGUCAUCUGGGAAAAAAAAUUACUUGAAUUCUUGUGUCAUUUCUGUUCAGAAAUUUAUUAUUUAACUGAUUAGAGGUAUCAGUAUAUUUAGAUAUUUAUUAGCAAAGAAGUUUUUUCAUAGUUUGCUCAUCAAACGCAUGCCCCUAGAAUCAGACAAGUACAAGAUAUUUUUGAAAUGCAAUUUCUAACUUUAAAGGAAUAUAUUUCAUGGGAUUAAAUCAUCUACCACAAACCUGGAAAUAGUUUAUUUUAACAGACAAUCAUAUAUUAACUCUGUACUCAGAUUAACAGGUUCUGUUGACUACCCAAGAAAGUAUAGAUUGUAACCAUUUAUAAAACUCAGUUCCUCAUGACCUGAGUAGAAAUUAUUGUCAUUUCUGUUUUGAUUAUAAUAGUAUUCUAUUAAUACAGAAAUGACAUCAGACAAACUUACAUGCCUUUAUAUUUAAACCAAUCAAAUUUAUGCAACAAAUUUUUAAACCAAAAUAAUAUAUAUUGUUUGUAUAAUAGGAAUAUCUUGUCAAAUUUUAUGUUUAUUCAGUCAAUAAAGUACAAAUAAUCAAAACAAUUAACACUGAUAUUUGACAUUUAACUACUGCUUUGGAUCAUCAUAUUUCUUGUCAUUUUCCCCAUCUUCUUUAAAUCAUUGAUAUUAUUUUGUUAACUUUGUGUAACAUUAGCAGAUACAAUACAUCAAUAGACUACCAAUGAAAUCUUGUUGAAUGAUUAUUAAUGACCAUUUAGUGCCUUGAUACAACUGUUUAUCAUGUGUCUAUGACAAGUAUAAAUUGCAUAUACAUAACUAUUAAAUAUUUAUAAUUGUG